AAUAGUGAUGAUGAUAUGAGAAUAUUAGAUCAGACCAGUUACAAAGUUAAUCCCAAACACCUCGGCACAGGACGACGCGUCUCCAACUACAUCAAACGCGUAUAAGGCUAUCCAUCCUCUUUUCUAUACAAUUCUAACAGUAUAACCCCUAGCAUCCAGAAGAAAUCUUUUAACAACACAAUUUUGCCAGUAAUGCAAAAAUGGCUCAUCGUCUACAAUCCCAGUCAGCAAAGAAAAGAACGUCAACGGCGAAGAUCACGAAGGCAAAGCCAUCUUACGAGGAGUAGGUUCUUUCAACAGUCUUCAUCAAUCUGAUAUACCUAUACCAAUGUUGUUUUAUACAUUAAAAACUAAAGUUAAGCUAAGAGAAUUCCAACAGCAUGCUCGAUAGCCCCAUAAUAGAUCUCUACAUAGGUCCCAAACGCAAAAAAUUCAGUAUCCACCGUGGGCUCCUCUGCGCCAAAUCCCCCUUCUUCGCAGAUAUCUUCCUCAACAACGAUGAACUCAGCGAGGAAAAAGAAGACCACUAUCUACCCAAGAUGAGCGCGGAACAUUUCUCCAUCAUAAUGAAAUGGUUGUAUCGCGGGACUCUCGACACAGAAUUCGAGAAAGAAGGAAAUAAACCCAGUUGUGCAGCCAUCGAGGUUUACGCCUUGGCCCAUCAUUUGGGAAUGUCAGAAAUGAUGGAUAAAGUAUUAUCUGGACUGGGAAGGAGAUAUGUGGAGAAGAGGUUCACGCCGAAUGUUUUUGCAAUUGAGUUGGCGUUUGAAUUGACGGAACCCGUGGCACCCAAGGAUCGAGAUUGUGGACUGAGAAGGUGGAUGGCGAGAUGGUAUGCUAUUAUGCUGCUGUUUCCAGAUGGGGUGUCGUCGACGGCUGGUAAUACUAUCUCAGAGGAGAGUUUGACUGAGUUGGGAUUGAGAUUUCCGUCUUUGUAUCGCAGUGUGGUUGGAAUAUUGAGAGGGGCGGAAGGAUGGAAAGAUGUUAGAACAAAGUUUUAUGAGGAGAAGGUAUGUUCAUUUCAUGAGCAUGAAGCUGGUGAUAGGACCUGCGAGGAUAUUGGAAAGUUCUGGGGUAUCUUUAGGAGUAAGGAAACGGAGGCUGGGUGGAUGUCGGUGAGUAGAAUGGGUAUUUAAACGGAGGUGUGUAUGAAGGUCAUGUUUUUUAAGGCGCAAUUGGGUAGAAAGAUGCGUUGCGGGAAAUUUGAUAUGCAUGGCAUUUAUUUGCAGUUCGGAGCACUGGAUAUAUUAAAAAAAAGAGAUACACUUUCCUUUAAUAAGUCAGUUGUAGUGCUGGCUAUUCUGCGUGUACACGUAUUUGUAUUUAAUCAACGCCAACACUUAUGGUUAAAUUGAGGCAAAUACAGCGGAGGGAUA